GAUCGCGGGAUGGCCACGGGGUCGGGCGGAAGCGAGGUGGGGGGUCGGGGCUGCGCUCCGCGCCCGCCUGGGACAUGGCUCCGCGCAGCCGCCCCCUAGAGCCGCCGCGCCCCGGCGCCGCCAUGCCCAAGCGGGGUGCCCGCAAGCGGCUCAAGUUCCGUGCCGACGACGUGUGCUCCGAGCACGUGACCGUGGCCGACUUCGCCAACUCCGACCCCGCCGUGGUGCGCUCCGGGCGCGUGAAGAAAGCCGUGGCCAACGCGGUGCAGAAGGAAGUGAAAUCACUUUGUGGUUUGGAAGCCUCUCGUGUUCCUGCCGAGGAAGUACUCUCCUUGUCUGGAGAAUCCUGUGAUAGCAGCGACGAAAUGGACGCUAAGGAAAGCAUUAAUGAAAGAACUGGCUCUAGAAAAAAGAAAAGCAAAAGGCACAAAGAAAACCCUGAUGGGGAUGUUGGAGAGGAGUAUCCCAUUGACAUUUGGUUGUUGCUGGCCUCCUACAUACGUCCGGAAGAUAUUGUGAAAUUUUCUCUCAUUUGUAAGAAAGCAUGGACUGUAACUUGCACUGCUGCCUUUUGGACCAGACUCUACAGAAGGCACUAUACCUUGGAUGCAUACCUGCCUCUCCGCUUACGGCCAGAAUCCAUGGAAAAACUGCGCUGCCUGCGUGCAUGUGUAAUCCGUUCGUUAUACCACAUGUAUGAACCUUUCGCUUCUCGAGUGUCCAGGAAUCCAGCUAUUCCAGAGACCACUCCCAGCACUUUAAAGAAUUCCAAAUGUCUGCUUUUCUGGUGCAGAAAGAUUGAUGGGAACAGACAAGAAACAAUGUGGGAAUUUAAUUUUAAGUUCAAAAAAGAGUCUCCCAGGUUUAAGAAUAACUGUUGCAAAGGUCUUCAGCCACCUGUUCAGUAUAAAGAAGUUCACACAAACCCUGAUCACGACUGCUGUCUGUUGCAGAUCACUACCUUCAACUUCAUUUUUGUGCCAAUAGUCAUGGGUAUGAUAUUUACCUUGUUCACAAUAAAUGUGAGCACUGACAUGAGGCAUCAUAGAGUGCGGUUGGUAUUCCAGGAUUCUCCAAUUUGGAAUGGCAAGAAACCCCGAGUUGACCAAGGAAUGCAGGUUGUCCUGGACCCUGUGCACAGUGUGCGCCUUUUUGAUUGGUGGCACCCUCAGUACCCCUUUUCUCAAAAAGCUUAGUGUGAUCCUGCAUCUGCAAGCAGCCACUUGCUGACUGUAUUCAUCAAGCUGAAGAGAAUUUCUAAAAACCAAGGAAUCCUAUUUUUAUUUUGUGAAAAAAUUCUAGAGUCUCACAAAUGAUUUAAAACUACAAAGCCAGUAUAUGUAUAUAACUUCCAGGCUGUGAUGGGCAGAAUCAAGUAAAAGCAAAUAAUUUGUAAACACA